UUAGCCUCUAUAUAUACAUGCGAAAGAAGUGAAGUGAUGAGCUGUAGAAUUGCGUCUCCAAAUCCAUGCACCCCUCCACCCGUUCUCGCCGACGCCCCAUGGAGGCCGCCGCCUUGGCCGGCCGCGAUGAUUCCGACCGAGACAGCGUCCGAUCCUCCUUCAGCACCGCCAUCGACUCCCGCCGCAGUUGGAUCAGCGACAUCAGCUUCGGCAGUUCCAGCUCGGUCUCCCUACGCUCCCACUUCACCGCCAGCGAUACCGGUGGCGCUGGCCCUCACCAACCGAAGAUGAAGCCCCACAAGGCGAACCAGGCCGAAUGGGAGGCCAUCCGCCGCCUCCGCGUCGCCUCCUCCGGCCAAAUCCGCCUCGACCACUUCCGCCUUCUCCGCCGCCUCGGCAGCGGCGACCUCGGCAACGUGUACCUGUGCGAGCUCCGCGCCCCCGCACCUGCCUGCCUCUACGCCAUGAAGGUGGUAGACCGUGAGGCCCUUGCCUUCCGCAAGAAGCUCCAUCGCGCGGAGAUCGAGAAGGACAUCCUUCGCACCCUUGACCAUCCUUUUCUCCCCACCCUCUAUGCUGACUUCGAAGCUGCCCACUACUCCUGCCUCCUCAUGGAGUUCUGCCCCGGAGGAGACCUCCAUGUCCUCCGCCAGCGACAAGCAGGCCGCCGCUUCCCCAUCUCCUCCGCCAGGUUUUAUGCGGCGGAGACGUUGUUGGCGCUGGAGUACCUCCAUAUGAUGGGGGUGGUCUACCGGGAUUUGAAGCCGGAAAACAUCCUCGUGAGGGACGACGGCCACAUCAUGCUCUCUGACUUCGAUCUCUCCCUCAAGUGCGACGUCGUCCCCAAACUCCACAUGAUGCAGCGCCUCGGCAGCGGAAAGCUCCCGGCGAAGAGCACCGCCGCAUCCUGCGUGCCUCCCAUGCAACCCGUCCUCUCCUGCUUCUAUGGCGGCGACAAAAAGGCAAAGCGGCCACCGCCGAAAAAGAACCCCUGCGCGGACGACCCGGAAGAGACGGAGCAGGAGAAUCAGAUCGAGGUCGACCCGGAACUGGUGGCGGAGCCGAUCGCUGCGCGGUCCAAGUCGUUCGUGGGCACGCACGAGUACCUCGCACCGGAGGUGAUCUCCGGCGGAGGCCACGGCAGCGCCGUCGACUGGUGGGCCCUCGGAGUGUUCCUCUACGAGAUGAUCCACGGCCGGACGCCAUUCAAGGGCGAGGACAACGAGAAGACCCUCGUCAACAUCCUCAAGCAACCGCUCGAGUUCCCGCCGACGCCAUCCCCAACAGAUCCCAACAAGAACACGGACGACGCGGCGAAUGCCCGAGAUCUGAUCGCGAAGCUGCUGGUGAAGAACCCCAAAAAGCGCAUCGGAAGCACCAAGGGCGCCGCCGAGAUCAAGCGGCACGAGUUCUUCAAAGGCGUCAACUGGGCGCUCAUCAGGUCGGUAAGCCCACCGGAUGUGCCCAGAAACAGAGCAACGAGGAGCAGCAGCAGCAGAGCACCCGCUGUGACGGUGGCGCAAAAGCUGAACAAAAAGCAAAAGGAUCACGAGCCUUACAAAAUCCCUCACCACAUUGAUUACUUCUAACUACUCCGAGAGCGGUCUCUCUCUAUCGCUUUUGCGUGCGUAUAUACCAUUUAGAAUUCCAUCAUGGCAAAUUUUAAUUUACCCUCUAAAAUUUAAUUUAAUUUGAUUUAUUGUCUCAAGAAUCAAAUUAAACUUUAGAGGGGAAAAAUUAAAAAUUCCUCCACCUUAUCCAGUUAUUUAGCGUUGCACUAUCUGUUUGUUAUGCUUUUGCUCUCACACUUCGUUUCCUUGUUUGUCUUUUGGGUCCUUGUAGUCUUUUGACUUGAGAGUUAUCAUUGUCAUGGUCUCUCUUUUGGUGAACUUGAAACCUUUCUUUAGGUUUUAUAUA